CUGAGAGUUGGUUUUGUUUUUUCGGCUAAAAUCGUUAAUUGAAUUUGAGUCACAAUGGCUGAGAAUACUGAAUACACGGAUGAGGGUGGUGAGUACGAGGACGAUGAGAAGGAGUUCAUUGGUGAGAACCAAAUGAUGGAGGAGGGGCCGGAACAGGACCUCUUCUCCAUGCUGGGCGAGUCGUCCGACGAUCCCGAACAGAAGCGCAUGUACUUGGAGUACUUGGCGCUGAUCAAGGAGAUCGACUGCCAGAACCGGAUCAUCCAGGACAUCAAGACCAAUAUAAUGGAUAUGUGCGCCAAGCCGUGCAAGACCCGGAACGAGCUGAGGGAAAUCAAGCGCCUGAGGAUCUGCAUGGAGCAGGAGAACAUUAAGCUCCACACCAUGAUGAACAGGGCCGUUCAGUUGCAGAACUUUGGAAGUCAUCGCCACUACAAGGAGCUACCGAUGACGACAACCGUGGAUGAGGACAACCUGUCGCCCUACAUGUGUGGCAUCGGAGCUUGCCCGCAAGGAGAGAGCGACUCAGAUCCUUGCAAUGAAGGCGGCAGCUCCGCCAGUUGUGGCGGCGGCGGCGCCCGGGACAAUGCCGGCCAGGAUGAGAAGCUUGUCUGUGCCCUACAAACGGCCAUGAAGAAGAUGAAGGGUGCCUGUCCGGAGGAUAAGAAAAUGAUCGAGGAGAUCGCUUGUGCCAUCAUGGGCGCCAAGAAGAAGCCGACUUGCAGUCCACCAUGCCCGAAACCAUGCCCACCCCCGUGUCCGGAACCCAGCAGUUCAUCUAGUGCUCCAUGCACACCCUGUCCGCCGCCCAAACCAAAAUCUCGCCCAUGCCCACCGCCGCCCUGUCCCCCACCUCCUGCUAAAUGCGAGUCCAUGGAGAAGCUGAAGCGACGUAUCCAGAGCAUGCAGUGUUCGGUUAAGAAGUUGCUCCAAGAGGUGAACACCCGUGACGCAUCGGAGCCCUGUGGAGGUGGUGACGAUGACGACGAAGAGGAGGAGGAAGAUCCCUGUGCACGACCCUGCCCUGCACGGCCGCCAUGUCCCGAGGAUCCCGAUCCUCUGGUCAUAUGCGGCGGAAAGCGCAACACCAAGGCUGACAAGUACGAAAAAAUGAAGGAAAACUACACCCGGUUGCUGACUGAGUUUCAGCGCAAGGACUGCCAGAUGAAGGAGCUCCAAAAGAGAAUGAAAGGCAUCGUUGGCUCCUGUCCAUCGAAAGGAGGCGACAAUGAUGCCGAUGCCGCUGAGCUGAACCUUCUUCGGGCUCGGGUCAACGAGCUGAAGGAGGAACAGCUGGAGUUCAAGUGCAUUAUGAAGGAGCAAUCGCAGCAACUGGAGGACUACCGCAACAAGUACCUCCUGGCCCAGCAGAAGGUGGAGGAGCAGUGCGUCUCUCUUGAGAAAUUGAAUAUGAACAACAAGCGCAUCGAGCAGCAAAUCAACACCGAAGUCAAGGAGAUUCGGGCAAAGUUCCAAGAGAAACUCAACGAGCUCCUUCACUUCCCCAAGCUCCUGGAAAACGAGCAACUAAAGUUGGCCCAGGUGUGCAAGGAAAAGGACGAAAUGCAGACGAAACUGGUGGUGGUCUGCAAGGAGCUGAAGGCCUGCAAGGCCCAAAUGGAAAGUACACCCAAUGUGGACGUUCGUCCCCAGCUGGCCCAGUGCCAGAUGGAGCUAACCCAGGCUAGGAACGAACUGGAAGAGCUGCUCCGACAGAGAGACCUCUUCUGUGAACAGCUAAAGUCCACCCAAGACGAUCUAGACACUUUGAGGACCGAAUCGGCCAAAAUCAUUGCCGGUACCAAGGAACGGGCCGAACUUAUCAAAUCCCAACAACAGGAACAGAUCAACCGUUUGGAAAAGGAGCUGGCCCAGUGCCGAGCAACUGCCUCGCUGUCUGUCAACGAUCGGGAGGCGGUGAUCAGAGAGAUGCAAGGACAACUGAACACUCUGUCCUACAGCUUCGAUGCGGCCCAGAAACAGAUAAAGACUCUUCGCAAUCAUAUAGCCUAUGUGUCAAAUGAGAAUUGCUUCCCCGUGAAGUGCUAAACCAAGGAUGUAAAUCAAGAACCCAUUGGGGAAAAUCCCCAACCGUACCCUCAUAGCACACGAAAAUGUAGGCAGCUCAUUAUUGUACCAGUACGUUGAAGUGUAUGAGAUGCGUUAAACUUAAUACCUUUUAUACAUCACUUAAAUUCAUUUGUAAUUCAAAAUCUUAGUCAAGCUAAUUAAAUACAUUAGUUCUUUUCGGUCAA